AAAGCCGGCAGCGACAAGUCUCAUUACUGUCUAUUAUUAUUAUUGAUGAUAAGAAACUCAUGCAGCCGCUAUAAAUUAGCUGUGCGCCAAUGGUAAUGCAUUAUUUGCGUAACAGUGACUAUUCGUAAUGGAUCGUUGGCAGAAUCGCGUGGCUGCAGUAACUGGUGCUAGUGCCGGAAUAGGAUGGGCCAUCGCUAAGGCGCUUUUACAAUCCGGUAUGGUUGUUGUCGGCAUGGCAAGACGUGUGGAUAAAAUAGAAGAACUCAAAUUAACGCUUGACGAAAAGUUACAACGAAGGAUGCACGGCUGCAAGUGUGACGUGAGCAGUGAGAAGGACAUAGUGACGGCUUUCAAGUGGAUUGACGCUAAUCUCGGAGGGGCGGAUGUAUUGGUGAACAAUGCUGGUGUCUUGAAAUCCACCCAACUCAUCGAACCCGGAAAUACUCAGAUGAUUCGCGAUGUUGUAGAAACGAAUAUUGUGGGCCUGAUCCUGUGUGCCCGUGAAGCUUAUCAGUCAAUGAAAAGACGGAACAUUGAUGGCCAUAUCGUUAACAUGAACAGUGUCGUCGGCCAUGGAGUGCCAGUUGGAGUUGACACUCUGACUACAUACAACGUGUAUCCCGCAACGAAGCAUGCAGUCACCGCUCUUACCGAAACAUUUCGCAUAGAAUUAUUGAAUGAGAAGAGUCAGGUCAAAUUAACGAGUAUAAGCCCUGGAGCCGUUCGAACAGAUAUAUUCAAUGAUCCGGAUUUACUGAAGAAACCGAUACCAUUCCUAGAACCUGAAGAUAUAGCAAAUAGUGUGGUACACGUAAUUUCAACUCCAAAGCAUGUCGAGAUUAAGGAGCUCACUAUCAAACCGCUUGGAGAGAGAUUUUAGUGACUUGCAUUCGUGGAUGACGUAUUUAAUGGCAGAAAAAUCUUCUACAUAACCACCUGCAAGUGCAAUAACAAUUAGGGUUAGAACAAUUAGUUCUGAAACGAAUUAAACUUCCAUGAAUAGGCUAGAAUACCCUGCGGUUGAGAAGCUUUAUGUUACUUGUAUGUACCUCCGAGGUAGAUACAUAGGCUGUUGUAUAACGUUGAUCUAUACUAAUUUUUUUAAACGAUUUAAUCGAGGAGUUGAAUAAGCCUCAUAAAAAAAGUUUUGUAGUUCGAUAAAUGUUGAAAUUGGAAUAAAUAAAAUACAACUAUAAACUGAGUA